ACCAAUCCUCUCUCUCUCCCGUACUUUUCCAUGUUAUCAUUGGGCGCAACGGUUCUAGUUUUCAUUCCAUUCUAUAUGUGUAUUGUUUGUAUACGAGAGGAUAGGCGAGGUGUUAGUUUGUUCAUGUUUGGAUCCGACUGUCUGCCAUAGAUCUAAGGAAAAUGCUUUGAGUCAGAUGCCCAAUGCACCAUGAAAUAUCAGCCCCCCGCUCCAAACAUUUUUCUCUCAACCCCCACCUCUUGUUGUUCUACAUGCUCGUGUGACGAUGCGCAUGUGUAGUAUCCCUAUUGUAGGCUAGCAAUCGUGAGAAGGCAAAUUUUGUGGUACCGGAACAAGCACGUGGUAAGCCUGGAGGGCAGCCUAGUUAUGGCAGUGGUGCGUUCUACAUGCCGAAUACCAGGAAUGUACAUUCUAUGGCGAACUCACGACUCUCGCCCCUCCCUCCUGAACCAGCAACUUUUGGUGUAAUGGUGGAUAUCUCUCUUGACUCUUCAAAGGACUUGAAGAAUAGGGAAAAAGAGCUACAAGCUAGGGAAGCUGAAUUGAACAAGAGGGAGAAGGAGUUAAAGAGGAGAGAAGAGGCUGCAACACGAGCUGGUAUUGUCAUAGAGGAGAAAAACUGGCCUCCUUUUAUGCCACUCAUCCAUCAUGAUAUUACCAAUGAGAUACCGAGUCACCUUCAAAGAACACAAUAUGUUGCAUUUGCAUCAUUUAUUGGAUUAGUUUGUUGUCUCUCCUGGAACAUCAUUGCAGUUACUUCAGCUUGGAUCAAGGGGGAAGGUGUGAAGAUAUGGCUAUUGGCAAUCAUCUACUUUAUCGCUGGAGUUCCCGGUUCAUAUGUAUUAUGGUAUCGCCCUCUAUACCAUGCUAUGAGGACCGAUAGUGCCUUGAAGUUUGGAUUGUUCUUCUUGCUUUACCCGUUCCAUAUUCUUUUCUGUGUAUUUUCUGCUGUGGCUCCUCCUAUUGUCUUUGAGGGAAAAUCAUUAGCAGGAAUUUUGCCAGCAAUAGAUCUCAUCAGCACAAAUGCUUUGGUGGGGAUCUUCUACUUUGUUGGAUUUGGGUUGUUCUGUCUCGAAUCGUUGCUAAGCAUUUGGGUUAUCCAGCAAGUGUACAUGUACUUCCGAGGAAGUGGAAAAGCUGCAGAAAUGAAACGUGAUGCGACAAGGGGUGCUAUGCAUGUAGCUUUUUAACUAUGAAAAAAGAUGAUAGGUCUAAUUCAUAUCUCUCGUGGAUAGAUUAUGGUACAAAAAACUUAUAUAUUUCCUUGGUUGUUGAUUACAAUUUUGAAUUGUUAGUAUGUUACAAGUGACAUUGUAUGAGUUUUGUCAUUAUAGAGCUUGUGCAGUUGUUACCACUCUUAGU